AACCAAACCAGUUAUUGUUAAAAAAAGUAACAUGGCGCGUGAGAUUUUUUUUUUAACGCAUUAUUAAUAGGUACUCUUUGUUGUCGCGGUAAUAAUGAUUGUAUAAAGUGAACGCGUGAUGAGUGAAGAUCUUUGUGAAUAAAGAUAUUAAUUAAAUUAGUUCCUUCAAUAAAUAUACAUAGUAGUGUCGCGUGCGAUCUCAGUUUAUCCGUAAAAGCUGGGAGCAGGUGAGGCGUUCAUUGCUUGUCAAAUAAUAGAAAAUGAUGAAUGAAUAAGUUGUGGACUGGCAAGAAAUUAAUAUUCCUCAACAAUGAACGGAUGUGUUUUGCUUGUGGCUUAGUGCAAUAAUGCUUCCUUCAAUAUGAAGGAGAUUAUGAAGGAGAUGGUUGGCGGAUGCUGCGUGUGCUCGGAUGAGCGGGGGUGGCCCGACAACCCGCUGGUCUACUGCGACGGCAACGGGUGUACAGUGGCAGUGCAUCAAGCCUGCUACGGAAUUAUUGCUGUACCAACUGGACCCUGGUACUGCAGAAAAUGUGAAAGCCCAGAGACCAAGGGCAAAGUGAGGUGUGAGCUGUGUCCGUCCAAGUCAGGCGCGCUCAAGCGCACGGACACGGGGGGCUGGGCGCACGUGGUGUGCGCGCUCUACAUCCCCGAAGUGAGGUUCGGCAACGUCACCUCCAUGGAGCCCAUCGUGCUGCGGCUCAUACCCCCGGAGAGAUACAAUAAGAUAUGCUACAUUUGUCAAGACAUGGGGAAAACACAUCGCGCCAACGCCGGCGCAUGCAUGCAGUGCAACAAAUCCGGAUGUAAGCAGCAGUUCCACGUGACGUGUGCGCAGAGCCUCGGGCUGCUGUGCGAGGAGGCGGGCAACUAUCUGGACAACGUGAAGUACUGCGGCUACUGCCAGCACCAUUACAGCAAGCUGAAGAAGGGCGGUAACGUGAAGACUAUCCCGCCGUACAAGCCAGUGUCGCACGACAGCCAGUCGAGUGACUCGAGCGAGCGGGAGGGCGAGGCGUCCCCGGCCGCCGGCGGCGUGACUCCUACUCACACGGCUAAAGCUAAAGGGCCCAGUAGAAAGGCCUCGCAUACCGGAGGGGCGGCAUCGGGCAAAAAUACCCCGAAUUCGGCGAAGACUCCAAAUAAUACAACUCAGCCUAUGGAGACCUGUCACGACGUAACAGAGACGGCUGGGAGUCGCAAACAAAAAGCGGCCGACAAAAAUAAAAAGAAGCCGUCGCCGUCGCGUCGCGGUUCUGGUGCGGGCGACGGAGGCAGCAAGUCCAACACGCCCGCGCCGUCGCCCCAGCACUGCGCUGACAACGCCGGCCCAGGACCCACACCCAAAGCACCAGGCGGCAGGGAGACGCCGACUUCGAAGAUACCGCUGCCGCCCUCGUCACCGACCCAAGCCACCAAGCAAGAAACGGGUGGCGUUAUUAGCUCCGUCGCUUCGGCCGUGGCUUCCCUGGCGCCCGCACCUUUGCUGCAAACCACUUCAACGAGUACGUCGGUAGUACAGACAGUGACGGCGAAGUCGCUGUACCAGGAGUCGGUGAUAACCAACGCGGAGGCGAUGGACAGCAAGCAGACCAAGAAGAGGAAGGCGGUCGCCGCCAGCAACAUGGCCAUGCAGGCGGCGGAGUACGUGGCCACCACUCCACCCGCCACGUCGGUGGAGAGCAACGCACAGAAUAGCAGCACGUCUUGGGACCAAUCGUCCAGCCAUGGGAUUCUUGACACCAACGUGGAAGAGAAGAUCAUCAAAAAGGCUAAGACGGAUGGUACAGAAGGCGCUACAGCACACUUCUCCAGCGUCAGCCCGGCGCCACCGCUGCCGCCGCCGCCGCCCGCUCACAGCCCCGCGUCGCAGCCCAGCCCGAGGCAUCUACCGAGCCCUAUGCCGGGCCCAAGCGGCCUCAGCCAAGUCUCGAACAUUCGCUCGCCGUCGCAGCCUCAGGGCAAGGAGCGCGACGGGCCGGCCUCGCUGCUCGUGUCGGUGCCGCUGCCGCCCGCCGGCCACGGGCUCAACCUGUCCGCGUCCGCCCCGCCGCCCGCGCUCGCCCCCGCUCCCGCUACCGCCAUCGCGUGCUCGCAGAUUCCGCUGCCUUCUGAGAUGCCCUCGCCUCAUAUUUUCCACCAGCCACACAAACAGACGGCGAUGGAGCCGAGUCACUCGCCGCACGGCGUGGGCGGGCGCAGCGCUUGGGGCGGCCUGAACGUCGCCUACGAGAUGCAGGACGCCAGCAAACCUGGAGUGAGCGGCUUGGCGGGUAGCAGCAAGGAUGCCAACGUUGGAACCAACAUGGGGCCAAUGCCGCCAGCCAUACGCAACAAGAAACGCGCCGCGAUGGCCGCCUCUGUGGUGUCCAUGGCCACGCCGCCACCAAUGCAACCGACGGCCACACACACGCUGGCUAGCGUCCGCCGGCCGCCACAAGCCACGCCGCCACCUCUCUACCAAGAGACUAUCAAAGACUCGCCACCGAGUUCGCCCAGUUCAGAGCGCCCGUUGAAGCCUAAAUUGGAAAAUAGGAUAGGCGCGAGCUGCACGGCGCCGCACAUGCUCGGCAACGAGCUAAACCCCGAGAGCGGCGCGGCGGCGCGCUUGCAGGAGCAGCUGUCGGCCGAGCUGGCCGCGCACGCCGCCGGCUCCGGCGCGCCCGAUGCGCUCGUGCCCCCGCCGCUCAUCAACAAGGCCGCGCCCAGCACCAGUUCGAGUCGCAGCACGUCGAGCGCUCAGAGCCUGGACCAGCUGCUCGAGCGGCAGUGGGAACAGGGCUCGCAGUUCUUGAUGGAGCAGGCGCAACAUUUCGAUAUAGCGUCGCUGCUGUCGUGCCUGCACCAGCUGCGCACCGAGAACGUGCGGCUCGAGGAGCACGUGGGCAACCUGCUGCAGCGCCGCGACCACCUGCUGGCCGUCAACGCGCGCCUCGCCAUCCCGCUCACUGCAGUGGUCGCGGGGCCGGGCGAGGCGCCGCGCUGCCCGCGUGAGAAUGGCGCGCCGGGGCGAGCGCCGACCGCGCCGCCGCGCAACGAGACCAUCACCUCUGAGCGACCACAGCUAAUAAUGCGCGAGGCGGGGGGCAAGCCCAGCUGAAAUGAGCCGGGCGCGGGCCCGCACGGCCCCCUGCGCGCCUGCCUGCUGCUGCGCCCCGAGCCGCAGCGCCGGCGGGACUUCUCCAUCGACGCCAUCCUCAACUGCGACCGCUAGCUCACCUCACACCGAACCGCCUCUGCACCUCCCACGCGAGCGACGCGACACCACUCACGAUGCAAGGCACGGGUCUGCCCCCGCAAUUCAAAUUUAAUUUGGUUUCUCGCAAUUUGUAAACUAAUACGACAACGUAAACUGCGACAGUGGCAGUAUCUCCUCACAGGUUUAUAUAACAAUCUUUACUUGAAAGAAAUUAAUUCUAGUAUCGACUAAUUUGUGAGAAUUUUCGCGGGCAGACCCGUCUCAUGCCCCUUAAACGAAAACAUUGAAACACCCAUAUACGUAGGCAAAUAAUAUGUUUUUAUUUCAAAAGACGACGAAAGUAGCAGCAUUUGGAAGGGACUUUACUAAAAAAAAUAUUGAAGGUUUUUUGUUCUUUUUGCUUGUUUUUAUAACUUUAUAAUGCAUAAUCUCAUUUUAAUAUCCAGCAACUAUUAUUAUAUAACUGUUUUAACAUUCAAGCAUUCUUGAUGACUAUUUUUAUUUGAUGUUCUUUUUUGUAUCAACAUGAUGACUUGAUGGAAUCUCUCCCUAUACUCAUAGUUUACAGCAUCUAAGUUUUCCAAAACAUACAGGACAGCGGAAGAUGCUUUUGACGAUUCAAAACUACUUGUAAAAGUUUAAUUGAAUUUAACAAAAAACUCUUUCUUUUUUUAGCGUUGUAGGACACGCGGAGUAUCCACUAGUUUUAAAUAAGUAAAAUAUUAUAUAUUGCUUCAAAAAUUAA